UCAGGCGAUUAUAUCAUUCUUCGCGACUGUGUAUGCCUUAAGAUUGAACAGCGAAUUCAGAAUGACUAUUGCUAUGCAAUUCGUAGUAAGUACAAUGGUUGUCUGCUCCAAUUUGUACCAAAUGACAAAAACAAUAUCAUUCAGUGCGAUUCUGCCGUUACUACUGUAUAUGUCCUGCAUGUUGACACAGAUUUUUAUUUAUUGUUGGUAUGGGAAUGAAGUAAAGAUAAAGAGUACUCAACUAUUAUAUAGCAUUUUCGCAAUGGAUUGGUUAGCACUGGAUAGGAAUUUCAAGAAAAGUUUGUUAAUUAUUAUGAAUCGUGCAAUGAUACCAAUAGAAUUCACUAGCGCUUACGUUCUUUCCAUGAAUAUCGAUUCUUUCGUAGGGAUACUUAAGACAUCAUACUCAGCUUAUAAUUUACUAAAACAGGUGCAGACGACGUAAGUAAGAAGUAAUUAGAAAAAGAAUGAAAAAUUAGAGAUGAAUUUCUGCGAAAUUUUCCAAUAUUAGUUGAUACUUAUGAAAUGUAUCACAUUCAGUGUAAAUCUGAGGUAUGUUUAAAUGAAUAAAUAGCAAAUAUUUAAAAGAA